AUGCUCCGCGCCUCCGGCGGCCUGCUGGCGGCGACCGUUCUCCCCGCCCCGCCCCGGGCCCGCGGCGCCGCGCCCCGCUGCCGGCGCCGGGAACUACACUUCCCAGGACGCCCCGAGCUGCUGCUCUGCGACUUCACGGCGGGACACCUCGUCAGAGCCUGCGUGCCCGUGGGCCGCCGGGCCGCCCUGAGGAGGGGAAGGAUGCCGCCGUCCGUGGGCGAAGGCCGCCCGGGCUCCGAGCUGCGAUCCCGCAGGGGCCGCUCCGGGCCCCGGGCCGCCAACGCCGUGGGCGCGGACGACGCGACGGAGGCGGCCGUGCGCAGCCCCAAACGGCCGGCCCGGGGCUCGCGGCGCUGGGACGCGGCCGGCCGCUGGGGCCUGAUGGCCCUGGUGACGCUGCUGUCCUUCGCCACCCGCUUCCACCGUCUGGACCAGCCGCCGCACAUCUGUUGGGAUGAAACUCACUUUGGAAAAAUGGGAAGUUACUACAUCAACCGUACCUUUUUCUUUGAUGUGCACCCGCCUCUGGGAAAGAUGCUGAUAGGCCUUGCUGGCUACUUGAGUGGAUAUGAUGGCACCUUUUUGUUCCAGAAGCCGGGGGACAGCUAUGAGCAUCACAGCUACCUGGGGAUGCGAGCAUUCUGUGCAUUCCUCGGUUCCCUGCUGAUCCCCUUCGCCUACCUCACUGUGUUGGAGCUAUCCAAGUCCCUCCCAGCAGCAGUGCUCACUGCCGCCCUCCUCAUCUUUGACACAGGAUGCCUCACUCUGUCCCAGUACAUCCUCCUUGACCCCAUCCUGAUGUUCUUCAUCAUGGCCUCCAUGCUGAGCAUGGUCAAGUACAACUCCUGCACCAACAGGCCCUUCUCUGCUCCCUGGUGGUUCUGGCUCAGUCUUACUGGCAUUAAUCUGGCUGGUGCUCUGGGGGUCAAGUUUGUUGGCCUCUUUAUCAUCCUGCAAGUGGGGUGGAACACCAUUUCCGACCUUUGGCACCUGUUUGGGGAUCUCAGUCUUUCACUGGUGACGAUGGGGAAACACCUCACAGCUCGCAUCCUGUGCCUUAUAGUCCUGCCCCUGGCGCUCUACACGGCCACCUUCGCUGUCCACUUCCUGGUGCUGAAUAAAAGUGGUCCUGGCGACGGCUUCUUCAGUUCUGCCUUCCAGGCCCGCCUUUCUGGAAACAACCUUUAUAACGCUUCCAUCCCCGAACACCUGGCCUACGGCUCUGUGAUCACGGUAAAGAACCUGCGGAUGGCCAUCGGCUAUCUCCACUCCCACGUGCACCUCUACCCUGAGGGCAUCGGUGCUCGCCAGCAGCAGGUCACCACCUACUUGCACAAGGACCUCAACAACCUGUGGAUUAUCAAGAAACAUAACACAAACGCAGAUCCCCUAGACCCCUCCAUCCCAGUCGAGUUUGUAAGACAUGGAGACAUCAUUCGACUGGAACACAAAGAAACCACUCGGAACUUGCACAGUCAUCAUCACGAGGCACCUUUGACCCGGAAACACUAUCAGGUCACUGGCUAUGGCAUAAAUGGGACAGGAGACUCAAAUGACUUUUGGCGAAUUGAAGUUAUAAACAGAAAAUUUGGCAACCGGAUCAAAGUGCUGAGAAGUCGCAUUCGCUUCAUCCAUCUGGUCACAGGUUGUGUCCUGAGCUCUACAGGAAAGAGUCUGCCCAGGUGGGGCUGGGAACAGCUGGAAGUGACUUGCAGUCCGUACCUAAAGGAAACGCUCAACUCCGUCUGGAGUGUGGAGGACCAUAUCAACCCCAAGUUGCCAAACAUCAGCCUGGACGUGCUGCAGCCGAGCUUCUCCGAGAUCUUGCUGGAGUCACACAUGGUGAUGAUCCGGGGGAACAAUGGCCUCAAACCCAAGAAUAACGAGUUCACGUCCAAACCCUGGCACUGGCCCAUCAACUAUCAGGGCCUGCGCUUCUCCGGGAGCAACGACACAGACUUCCGGGUCUACCUGCUCGGCAACCCGGUGGUGUGGUGGCUGAACCUGCUGAGCAUCGGCCUCUACCUCCUCUCGGGGAGCGUCGUGGCGGUGGCCCUGCAGAGAGGGGCGCGGCUGCCUGCGGAGGUGGAAGGGCUCGCCCGGGUGCUGCUGCGUGGCGGCGGCCAGCUGCUGCUCGGCUGGGGGCUCCAUUACUUCCCCUUCUUCCUGAUGGGCCGCAUCCUCUACUUCCACCACUACUUCCCCGCCAUGCUCUUCUCCAGCAUGUUGACAGGCCUUCUGUGGGACACUCUCCUGCGCCUGUGCGCCUGGGCCCUGGCCUCCUUGCUCCCCUCUCGGGGCGUCCACAUGGCAGGCGUCACGGGCCUGCUCCUGGGAACCGCCUACAGCUUCUACCUCUUCCACCCUCUGGCCUACGGGAUGAUUGGUCCCCCCGCUCAGGACCCCCGAAGUCCCAUGGCAGGACUCAGGUGGCUGGAUUCGUGGGACUUUUGAGGCCACUGUGAGGAUUCCAGCUUGAGUGCCCUGGACUUCCCGGGGCGGCCAGCGGCGAACCCAUCCCUGGACUGCCCCAGCGCUGGAGGACGCUGCCCGAGGAGUCUGUGGAUUCCUGCUGCUGCCCAGGACCCUCUCUGGUGCACCCCGGCAGCCAUCCUGCCAGCAGCGGGCACACGGCUCUGUGCCCAGUCGCAGCUGCAGGCAGCUCAGCAGAGGACCCUGUCCUCAGGCGUGUUCCCCUGUGUGUGACACGCAGAGGGAGUACGAGAGGGUGGCCGGGAAUGAGUGCGAACAUGUGUGUGCGUGCAUGCGUGUGCGUGCACGUGCGUGCGUGUGCAUGUGUGCGUGUGUGCGUGUGCGUGCGUGCGUGUGUGUGUGUGUGUGUGUGUGUGUGUGUGUGUAAUGGCCGCACCUCGGGUCAGCUGCAUCUUAUAAACUCCCAAGAAACAGUUCUGGGCUGCAGUGAUAUUUUCUGGUAUUCCUUCACACUGGAUCUGUAAUUUCCGUUACAAAUUCUCUCGCCUGCGAGAGGGCUGAGAGCAUGGAGCACUCCUGAUGACACCUCGGAAGGGCGGAGUAGACGGGAGCGGCAGGGCCACGGGGCUCCUUCCGCAGGCAGCGCCCACGGGCGGGCAGGCCCCGGAGUGCUGAGCAGGCGCUGGCCGGCCUUCUUCUCGGCCCCUGACCCCAGUCUCGGAGGAGAAUGAGGCACCUGACGGUCCCCACUCCCCAUGCCUGCUGCGGCUCCUCUGCCCAGGUCUGCCCUGUGCGCCCCUCCUGGCCCGUCGCUGGCAGAGCCUCCUUUCCUCGGCAGCCGAGGAUGCGAAACAGCACAGAGCCGGGUGGUGCUUGGACCCGGGCCCCGGGGGUGCCAAUGAGGCUGAUACUCUGUCACCUCCUGGUGGUCCCCAUUUUUACUUCCCUCCUGCUGAGCCCCCUCCCCCAGUCAGCGCAAUCAUUUCCUUUCCCUCGUAUGCCUCCCAUUUCACUCAGCUGGCUUACCCAGGGACCCCAGGCACCUGGAACCACAUCACCACUCCUCUUUCCCCCCGAAGCCCAGGCAAGAGGCCCAGAGCUCUUCCUCUCACUUCCUCCCCAAGUGAAAGGGUUAGAAAGGAAGUAGCCCAAGGCCAGCCUGCUGCCUGCCCCCCGCUUCUGGUGUCUGACAAGCCCGUUUGUCUCAUGUACAGAUGGAACUGUCACACGGUCUGCCCUCGAGCCCCCUCCAGCUCAGGUUCAGCUCCCGCCCUCGAGAGCAUCUUCGCAGGCUGUUGCCAUGGAGACUGGAAUUGGUCCCAGGGACAGUCUGUGCUCCCUAGUGGGUGGCGGGGAAGGAAGCUUCUGGCCCUGCUUGGGCCCUCAGACCCAUUGUCAUUAAUGCUAAUAGAGGAAAUGCGGUGACUGAGCGCAAGACAGGUUUGCUAAUUAGAUCUGGGGGCCAGAUGACCUCCCUUCUCCCAGCCUACAGCUCCAGGGACUUCUCCCAAGAAGCAGGAAGCACAGUCUGGGUGCUGGGCUUAAUUGCACUUAGGAAGGGAAGGGGGUGCAAGGUGGAGCACUUGCCUCCUCCCCACAGGUGUAGGGGUUUCUCCUGGCUUGGGGCAGCCAUCUGGGUGAGCUGUCUAGGAGGUGACAGGCAGAAUUCUGUGCUGCACUCUCAGCAAAGAACCCCCAAAGACACGAGGGGAGCAGGUGUCCCCUAAUAGGAACUUGCUAAAGAGGAGGCGCAGGGAAGGAGCAGAGGAGUGAAGGCAAAAGUGCAGGCGGCUUCCUGCUCAUCUCCCCACCCCCCACUCCCAAUUUGGCCACAACGGAGAGUCUGCCCGCUCCCACCUCCUCCUCCUGAACCAGACUGGCAGACGCUCGUCUGUGGGCAGAGAAGCGCCCACGUGGGAGAAUGCAGCUCUGGGCACCGGUGUGGGAAGGUGCUGGGUAGGGCAGGGGGGCACUCUGCAGGGGAGCCCAGGAGGAAUGUCACGUGCCCCACACACCAGCCAGUGGAGCAAGUUAGCUCAACUUCCAACCACUCUUUUUUUUUAAUUGAAUCACUGUGAGAACAGUUACAAAGCUUUCAGGUUUAAGUCUCAGUCAUACCGUGAGCAAACACCCAUCCCUUCACCAGUGCACAUGUUCCACCACCAAGAGCCCCAGUAUACUCCCCAUCCCACCCCCUGCCUUGCGUGUGUAGCAGAUGAUUUUCACUUUCUCUUGAUUACAUUCAGUGUUUCGACAGAAAACCCGCUAUUAUUAUUAUUUGGAAUUUUCCCCCAACAAUCAGACCUGCUGAAAAGGCAUCAUUUGAUAAUUUGUUUUCUAUUACUGAUAAUGAAGGGCAUCUUGUGGCCGCGCGGUUUUGGAUUUCUGGUAUUUUAGUAAUUAAGUCCAGAGGGAUUUCUACCAGAAGCCGCUGGGUUCCGAAAUUGGUUUGUGUGCCUCUGGGAUCAUGGCCGUUCAGGAGCAGAGGAGCCGUUCGUGGGCGGCCACUUGGAGUCUCGUCUGGGCAGGGAGCAGUGCCGGUUCCACCCCUGCAUCUCAAGAUUCCCUGUGUGCCCCGCCACUGCAAACUCAUACCUCUGUCCAAUAGGCUCUGAAAGAUGGCGGUCACCAUGCUGCCACUGAGGGGAGAAGGUGGAAGGGACAACGCCCUUUCCCCCUGGGGUGGCACCAACCAACUUCUUGAGCCACAUUUUCUAUUAAAAUUUAAAAUUCAUUAAAAUUUUCUAUUAAAAUUUUUUCCAGACAUAAUCAGAAGCCGUUUACUUUUGUAAUAAAUAACUCUUAU